UUUAUGAUUGUAAUAAGACCCACUCUGUCAGCUCGGAGUACUCUUCCCUCAGCAUCAGCAAAAUAUCUGCUGAAAGCAAUGGCUGAACACAGGAGUGUGAGGGAAACAUAAGAUAAAUCUUCCCAAAGCUCCCAGUUACAGCUUCCUUUUCAGCUGGGGACAGAAAAUAGAUUUGAUUCAGAAAACACAAGAUACAGAAGACACAAAUUGCAGUGCUCAGGCAGCAAUACACACUACAGAGAGCAUGGAAAGACCUUCUGCUUGUUUUUAAACUCAGGCUAUUUUUUUCUUUUUGUUUUCUCAAUUGUUUGUGAGAAUGCCCAUCAUGAUGUGAAAAAGCCGGGGAGACUUGAGACAUCUGAAAUGACAUUUGUGAGACACUGUCUGCAGAAACAUUCAGAUGCUACUGCUCUGUUUAGAUUAUCACACGAAUGUAUGAAAAAUGUAAUGCCUUCUUACCUGGGAAUGGAUGUAGUUGUCUUAAACUAAGAUGAGGGAGAGGUGUUAUUCAAACUUAGCCUAUUGCCCAAGAUUCUGAAUGAAGAGUGGUGUCGAGGUGACAGGCUAACUAUCCCAGCUACUCUGAAGGAUGCUGUGUGAUAGUGCCACAAAAAACUACUGUAAUGCACGAUUGGAAAGAUGAUGCAGGUGAAGUUGUAGUUAUCCUACUGACACUAACCCUUUGGGAGGGCCCUAAGAGGAUGUUGGUCAGACAGCUGCACCCACCUAUCCACCUCUGGAGAGCAAGAUCUUUCUGCCACCUGUGUUUUUCAAACAAAUGAGUUUGUUAAUUGUUCUGUAGAUGUUCCUGACUGUGCUUCCAUGUAUGUAAAUGCUGAGAGUUAUCCAAGCCAUUCAAACACAGAAGACACAUUAGGCUGCAGCUACGACAAGCAGAUGAGGUCCUUUACUGAUGAUGUCUGUGUUGUUCCAGAAAAAUUUGAAGCAGGAGACAUCAAGCAGGAAGCUGGAGGGUACCGGGAAGGACCUCCCUACCAAAGACGGGGAUCUCUCCAGCUCUGGCAAUUCCUUGUGGCUCUGCUGGAUGACCCGACCAAUUCCCACUUCAUUGCCUGGACUGGUAGAGGGAUGGAGUUCAAGCUCAUUGAGCCAGAAGAGGUGGCCAGGCUGUGGGGGAUCCAAAAGAACCGUCCAGCCAUGAACUAUGACAAGCUGAGCCGAUCCCUUCGCUACUAUUAUGAAAAAGGCAUCAUGCAAAAGGUGGCCGGGGAGCGCUACGUGUACAAGUUUGUGUGUGAGCCUGAGGCCUUGUUCUCGCUGGCCUUCCCCGACAACCAGCGGCCAACGCUGAAGGCAGAGUUCGAGCGGCAGAUCAGUGAGGAGGACACAGUGCCUCUUUCCCACCUGGAUGAAAAUGCCACUUACCUGCCAGACUUUGGGAGCUUCCCUCCACAGCUCUACAGCAAAGGCUACACGUACUAGCCCUGGUGACAGCACAGUGCUGUGUACAUACGUUCUAUACAUGGUUGUGUACAGGAGAUAGCUGGUUAGUAUUCAAGUGGUAUCAGCAUUUUUUCAGGCCAGCACUAAGCUACGAACACCUGCGUUGGUCAGGACAAGUGUUCAGGUACACGUGUGGAUAACCACCUCUCAGCAGACAGGGCUCUUGUGUGCUUGUGAUAAGACCCCUCCUGUGUGUCAGGACAGCACAUGUUCUUAGCCAUGCAGACAUCUUCCAAGCAGUGGAGCUACAGCUUCAGCAGCACGUCGGGUAACUGGUGCCUCCAGCCGGAUCAAACACGCCUGGUGCAGUCCCUCUCAUUGGGGAGGGAGGGGAUGCUGUCCCACUGGGCUUUUUUUCACAUAUGAGAAUGCUACAAGGCUGCUGCUGACUCUAUUCCUCCAGUACAUGUACUGAACCUCUGUGUAACCUGCCCUCAGCUCUGACCACAGGGACUCACCUCUGAAAGGCCAGUCUUGCCUUCUCAGGAUGGCUGCAGGAUAGUGGUCACAGAUCUUAUGCCUCCCUGGGGGAAUACUUGUUUUGAAUGUGCAUGCUCCUGCCUGAUCACCUCCUUGCUCAUUCUAGGACUUUCAGGCACUCUGAGCAGGGUAGCUGGAAGCACUGGCCAGGAUUAGAGCAGUCCUGUAGAUGACACACCACCAUUUAGGGGAACUGGAGAGGUGCCUGAUUGCAUUGGUCUGGGACACAGGUCAAAGCCAAUGCCAUGUUCAGUUAGAGGGACUGGGGGAAGCAGCAAGGCCUGAGACACCAGCUCAGCACAGAGUUAUGGCUUUUCCAAACUGAACAACUUCUUCAACAAACAUCCUCAGGAUCUUUCAAGACCUGUCAGGCUCUUGAGUGUGCCCAUCCUGGGCUUGGCUAGCAAAAUCAUCUAAGGCAAGAAAAGAACCUGGUGGAGGUGUGAUAAAAACGCUGUACAAAGUAACCUAAACCAUACAUAGAUCUUAAUACUGGAAUUCAGUCUUAAACUCCACAAACCUUUGCAUGUUUGAGGGAAAUCCUGAUAUGUUGAAAAGGCAGCUCCCUCUGCAGCCCCAUGGAGGGACUGACAGGUUUUCCACAAUAGUGAACAUUUAUGAGUACCACAUCCUUAUUAAGAGAUGUCUUUAAUUAGCAGCUCCAACCACGUUCCCAGUUAGACAAGGAGCAGUACAGUGCACCUGUACAGAAAAAGCCUGUUUCCUACUGCUUCAUAAUGAUUUUUCAGCUGCUGAAUACACAGCAUUGCCAAUCCCACCAGCAUGGUAGCCUGUAGAGAAAAUUCUGCAUACUGACUGAAAGCCUGAUUUCUCCCAAUGACCUUCCCCUGCAUGGCUAAUGCCACCCUCCCAGCCUUGUCCCCGAGCAAGAGAGCCAUGAAAGGCAGCAUUCCCUGCCUGAGGAGAGGCCAGAUGCUCAGAGCAGCCUGUUCUAUGUUCUGUGCACUCCAGAGACUUGGUGUUCUGGCAGCUCCUGGCCCUCCUGCCGUGCCCUGUGCCCACCCAGCAUCCC